AUGCUCGGAUCCUCUUCACUUUUGGGCGGUUGGCGAAGGAACACCCCUCACUGUGAUACGCUCAAAGGGGAUCGUCAUCACUUUAGGACUCCGUAUGGGCAUAACCCACCUGAAACCCGCACCACUUCAGAUUCGUGGGGUGAUCCCUUUAAGUUGAAGGAUCAAACAGAACAUUUUGAUGAUGUUCAUGCGGAUCGACCGGGAACGUACACUGUUGAAUCUUGUAGUUUUGCCGACUAUACUUCGUUAAAGACUGUGGAACGACCAGACGAUGUGCGUGUGGAGUUCUGUCGGCAACACUGUGGACAUGAACAAGAACCUGCCCUUCUCACAAUGGACGCCAAAUCUGAGGCCUACAUUAUAUCGCUUUUGAAGGAAGGUUUCAAAACCGACCGCACCUUGAAGAAAGUGAGAGAGACCAGUAAAGGCAAAGAAGGUACACAGACGCAGAUCUACUACACUACGAGUAGGGAUAUCAGGAAUAAUUUGGACUCAGCUCGUAUACACAACGUCGACGUUGAGUCAGCGGCUAUUAGAGUUCGCGAGAGUAAUCCCGAUGAUGGAAUUAAGUUGUACACUCCACCAGUCAAUGAAACUGGCGAGAGCAAAGAAGCUGCUAUGCACAUUCCACAUAACACAAUCCAUUGGACGAAAGACGAAAAGGAUGUGUCAGAGCCACCUCGCGCAAACACGAAACUGAAAUACGCCAGUUUGUUGACGUUUUUGAGAGAAAAUGGGAUAUGCUAUCCAGACACCAAUAUGCUCGAUAAGAACAGAGAUUUAUUGCAAAGGAUCGAAGCAACUUACGCAGCGGUGCUUGGAAACCUAUUGUGUCCCGCAAAGGGACCUAGAGACGGCAUACAAGACCACUUGACGGGAGUGGCAACAGACACGGAGGAAAUCCUGAGCAAGUCAACACUGGCAAAGUCGAUAGAGUGUGGAUCCGCUGCUAAGAAACAGCGGCUUGCAAGUCGCCCUGAAUUACCACUGAAGUCUGUUACAUUUCCGACACAAUUAUUCGUCUCUUUCAAGCUUUGGGCACCUCCUACGGAAACACCCCUUAGCAGACUACUCAUUGGCUUUACUUCAAUGCUCCGUUCAAGAGAACUGAUUGACUUCCUACCGUUCACUCAGGGACGAGGCGCAUGCACAAGAGUGGACUAUUAG